AGAAUGUGUUGGAACUCCUAUCCUUAUUCGAAUAUGUUAGUGUGACUGUUAUCUUUGUGGUUUUUUUAACUCAAUUUGUAUUGUUUUGGGAGAUUGAGCUUGUGGAUUUUAUAGCAAAUUGAUCACAAGCCAACUUCCUCAAUUUCCUUUUCAUAUUUUCAUCUCAGAAGGCCAAGAACAAGGUGUGUUGCUUUCAUGGGCGUGGUUGUUGAUAUGCAAAACGAUGGUGCUGCAAAGGGUUCUUGGGACUUCAGUAAUUUUGUUAGGCGGAAGCAUGUUGAUUCAGUUCUCAUUAGGAGAAAGCCUGGCCAACAGUUGGCUAAGAAACUUUCUGCUAUUGACCUCAUUGCUAUUGGUGUAGGAGCAACUAUUGGCGCUGGAGUAUAUAUUCUUGUUGGAACUGUUGCUAGAGAACAAACAGGACCAGCUCUUACUAUAUCAUUCUUUAUUGCUGGAAUUGCAGCCGCUCUCUCAGCUUUUUGUUAUGCAGAACUUGCAUGUCGAUGCCCAUCUGCUGGGAGUGCCUAUCAUUAUACAUACAUCUGCAUAGGGGAGGGUGCUGCGUGGUUGGUUGGUUGGGCAUUGAUACUGGAAUAUACAAUUGGUGGUUCAGCCAUUGCUCGUGGCCUAACCCCAAAUCUGGCCUUAUUUUUUGGAGGUGAGGAUAAGCUGCCUUCUUACUUGGCCCGUCACACCAUUCCAGGGCUUGGUACUGUUGUAGACCCGUCUGCAGCUGUUUUGGUUCUUGCUGUCACUGUACUCUUGUGCAUGGGAAUCAAGGAGAGCUCAUUGGCGCAAGCCAUUGUUACAACAGUGAAUAUCUGUGGGAUGCUGUUUAUCAUAAUAGUGGGUGGAUAUUUGGCUUUUAAGACUGGAUGGAUUGGUUAUGAACUUCCUAGUGGGUACUUCCCUCUUGGUUUAAAUGGGAUGCUUGGAGGCUCUGCUGUAGUGUUCUUUUCAUUCAUUGGGUUUGAUGUUGUUGCUAGCACAGCUGAAGAGGUGAAAAAUCCUCAGCGAGAUUUGCCCCUAGGUAUAGGGAUAGCUUUGUCUAUAUGUUGCAUUUUGUACAUGCUUGUGUCUGUUGUUAUUGUUGGCUUGGUGCCUUACUUCGCAUUGGACCCAGACACUCCUAUCUCUUCAGCAUUUGCUUCUCAUGGGAUGCAAUGGGCAGUGUACAUAAUAACAACUGGGGCAGUAACUGCUCUCUGUGCAAGUCUAAUGGGUUCUCUUCUUCCUCAGCCUCGAAUGUUUAUGGCAAUGGCUAGAGAUGGAUUGUUGCCUUCAUUUUUCUCAGAUAUUAAUGAACAAACCCAAGUUCCAGUGAAGAGCACAAUAGCAAUCGGUUUUCUUGCUGCAGCCCUAGCUUUUUUUAUGGACGUUUCACAGUUAGCAGGGAUGGUUAGUGUGGGUACUCUUCUUGCAUUCACUGCUGUUGCAGUUUCAGUCUUGAUACUCAGAUAUGUUCCACCAGAUGAGGUGCCACUCGCAUCUUCACUUCAUGAAUCUGUUGAUUCAGCAUCACUGCAAUACAGUGGCGGUGAUAUCCAGGGUGUUGCCAGUCAAAACUUUAAAGGUUCUCCCAAUUACAGUGCAACUAGUCAGUGUUUGCUUGACAAAGCAGGGACAUCAACUAAGCACCCUCUUCUUCAGAAACACAAAGCUCAAAAUGAACCAAAUCAACUAAAGAGGCGGAAAAUUGCAGCUUGGAGUAUAACAAUUAUCUGCAUAGGGGUGCUUGUCCUUACUUAUGCAGCUUCAUAUGAAUUCCUUCCCAGCCUUCUGCGGUUCACGUUGUGUGCAGCGGGUGGAGCUCUUGUGUUGUGUAGUUUGAUUGUUCUAGCUUGUAUAGCACAGGAUAAUGCAAGGCACAGCUUUGGACACACAGGAGGUUUCAUUUGCCCUUUUGUUCCAUUUUUACCUGUUGCUUGCAUCCUUGUCAACACCUACUUGUUAGUUAAUCUAGGGAGUGGCACGUGGAUCCGUGUUUCAAUAUGGCUACUAGCAGGAGAAUUAGUUUAUUUAUUUUAUGGUCGGACGCAUAGUUCACUGACAAAUGCUGUGUAUGUGUCAACUGCUUAUGCUGAUGAGAUCUAUCGCACAUCAUCAAGCCGUCUGGUGUAGAUUGUGGAAGAAUGCAUCAUAAACAACUUGCUCUGGGAUUAUGAGAUCUACUGCAGCUCAUGAGGCCAUCUGAUGUAAAGUUUGCCGUCUUUACUUAUCAAUGGAAAUCGAUCUCGUGUCUGUAAUUUGAUAUUGCAACUGGGGUGGCAGAAGGCCUUUGUAAUUUUAUUGUAUAACGUGUAAAUAGCUUACAGCUCAAAACAUGUUGAUCGUAUUACGAGGAACUCCUAGAAAGCUGUCUACUUUUUUACAACUGGGUGGUUUUAAAUAGGCCUGGCCACUGGUCUGGACAGUUUUUAGAAUCAGAAUUAAAUUGAUCAGUCAUAAAUUCAGUAACAAUUCCAUUUUCA